GAGAAAGCCCAUCCCUUCCCUUCCCCUGCUUCUUCUCUCUUCCAUUGUUUUUGCAUGGCAAACAGACUCUCCCUCGCCCUGAGGAACAGGAUCCCUGCCCAUUCCACUGCCCGCCUACUCUCCUCCUCCUCCUCCUCGCCGUUUCAGUUGGCGGCGGCCACCGCCCCUCCGUUAGUGCACACGGACGUUGUCGACCGGCGGUCGGAUAUCCUCGGGCUCGACGACCCCCAGGCCUUGUUCGCGUCCGUGCCUUCGUCCGAGCUCCUGCGAUCCGCUUUUAACCUGUACCUCGCGUCAUGCGGGCCGCUCGUUGAUGUGGGGUCAUGGUUGAUGGCCUCGCCGUUGAUGAGGAUUCCGGUGGUCCGGCGGGCGGUGAAGGUGACUGUGUAUGAGCAUUUCUGUGCGGGGGAGGGAGUCGAGGAGGCAGGGAAGACGCUGAGGAGGAUGUGGGACAGGGGACUGCGGGGGAUCCUCGACUACGGGUUGGAGGACGCCGAGGGGAACGAGGAUUGCGAUCGGAACCUGGAGGAGUUCCUCCAGACGGUGGAGAUGACGCCUUCUUUGCCGCCUUCCUCUGUUAGUUUUGCUUGUGUGAAAGUCACAGCCAUUUGCCCGAUACGUUUACUGGAGAGAGUAAGUGAUCUAUUGAGAUGGCAGCACAGACACCCUUCGUUUCAUCUUCCAUGGAAGGUUGAUUGCAUGCCAAUUUUGACGGACUCGAGUCCCUUGUAUCAUACCCGUUCGGCUCCACCACCUCUUUCAGACAAGGAGGAAGCUGAUCUUCAAUUAGCUCACAAGAGACUAGAGAAACUUGCUAGCAAAUGCAGUGAAUUGUAUCUACCUCUUCUAGUUGAUGCAGAGUACACUUCAGUACAGCCUGCGAUCGAUUACUUCACCUACUCUGCUUCCAUUUCCUUUAACAAGAGAGAUGUUCCAAUAGUUUUUGGGACGAUUCAGGCCUACUUGAAAGAUGCAGAAGAGCGAGUUGUCAAAGUGGCAGAGGACGCAGAGAGGAGAGGCAUUAUGGUGGGUUUGAAAUUGGUUAGAGGUGCUUACAUUAGUAGAGAAACUAAGUUGGCAUCGUCCCUGCAAGCUGAUUCUCCUAUUCAUUCAUGCAUUCGGGACACACAUGAAUGUUAUGAUUCAUGUGCAGCAUUCAUGCUCGAGAAGGUUGCAAAAGGUUCUGGAUCUGUGGUACUUGCAACCCACAACAUUAACUCUGGCAAGGCAGCAGCCUCCAAGGCAGAGGAAUUGGGAAUAAGCAAAAGAAAUGAGAACCUUCACUUUGCUCAACUCAAAGGCAUGGCAGACACCCUCUCGCUUGGAUUAAAAAGUGCAGGCUUCCAAGUGAGCAAGUACCUGCCCUUUGGCCCCUUGGAGAAGGUCAUCCCUUACCUUCUUAGGAGAGCAGAGGAAAACAAGGGCCUCCUCUUGGCCUCAUCUGCAGACAGGCUGCUCAUAAGGGCCCUUGUUGUGUGUUAUCUGUUGUCAUGGCAGAGCUAGAAGUGUUUGUGGCCUUAUGGAUGACCUCGUAGGCAUCUGCUACACCAACGGACAGUCACACAAACCUCCGCAGAAACUCAGUGCUUUUCUUCUUUUAACCCAAGAAAAGGUUUCCGGGGUAGUUACUGAGGUGGAAUUGUUGAUUCAGCCGUACAGUCUCCCUGUAGGUGAAGACAAUUUGAGAAACGGGUAGGUUGAUUUGUCCAAAUGUAUUACAAACUUUUACUAUCGAUGUUCCAUUAAUUUUCCUGUCAGAACUGUUAGAAAAUUUCGCCUGGACGCUUCUCUAACAUCACUAGAUCACUUUUCCCACCCCACUUUUCCCACCAUUGCCAUCUCUAUCGUCACCUCUGCUUCCAUUUACCUUUUCAUCAUUGACGCGACUUUCAUUACAGUAACACUGCCGCUACCAUCACUUCAGUUUCACCAUCUCCUCUAUCAUUCGUAACUUCUUUUGACAAUCUUAUUUUUUUAUGUUAAUUUGUUUUGAUAAUCUGUUCAUUUGAAAGUUUUGCUAAAACUUAGAGAUCAAAAUUUUCACUUUGGUUUAGCCGGAACUUUCCCACGCCAAAUUAGGUGUUAAUCUGGUUAUUGAACUCUUGGCGGCCUCCAACUUAAGGUGGGCAUGCAGGAAUUUACAGUACUACUCAGUGAAUAGUUGCCAAGGAGUAUCACGUAAAACAUUUAUUUAAGUAUCAAAUCUGAGGAAACGAACAAAAAAUGAAGUUUGAUGUUAUGCAGGGGUCUGGAAGUCUCUGCAAGUAAGAACGAAAAAUGACACCAUUCUUUAGGAUGGUUGGGCCGUUCUCUGUUUUCGUUUUCUGCCAACCAAAUAGCAGCCUGGUUUCUUUUUAUUUCUUUUCUUUUUCCCGGUAGCAGGUUGAAGGCACACCUGGUUCUGUAAAAGCCAGAUAAUGCUUCUAUCAUUUGAUCAGAGACUAAACGCCCAAGUUAUAAGACGUUAAACGGACGGUGUGAAAUGUUCCGAAUCUGCAGUAAGUGAAGACAAAACACACUUACAGAGGAGCCUUUAAAUUCAAUGACAGAAUGAGGAAAAGAAAAAAGAGGUUCUGAAUCGGUAGAAGCGGACUAAAACAAAACAAGAGGAGAAGAGCUUCAUGCAACUGCUGCCAUCAUACAAUUUUGGAUGCUGAAUUGUUUAUGCAAAGUCACGGGCUGCCACCACCGCCGUCCCAUGGUGAAAGAGAAAGAAGGGGAUGACGAGGAGGAAGGUUGAAGACACGAAUAUGUGAAGUCAGGUUAUCCUAGUGGCCUUCCACAAAUGGAGGUGCGUCGACAAAUGGGAAUCUUUUCAGUUCCUUAUGAAGCUUCUUGAAGCAAAACCUAUGGCAUAGCCGCUGCUUUCCUUGCUCACCAUCCUCACAGAGAGACCAAAUGUUUUCUGUAAGCAAAAACACGUUUUCUCAACUUCAGACUCUGCAAAUGCAUCUUUUCAACCUCAUGUACCUAAACAGAACUUUGGUAUUUCUUUAUGUAAAUUAUCUUUUCCUUAGGCAAGCUGGGUCAAGCAGACCUUUACCAGCUUAUGCACCUGUAGCAACAGAACGCUUACCUUGUUCUUCUCGGCAGGUGGAUAGAGCUCCUUUUGGUAUUUUUUUCUUAUUUUUUUGUUUUAAUUGCUAGAUUAACCUGAAUACUUCUACGGUUUUGAGUUGUGAAAUGUACAUAAAAUUUGUGGUCUCCCUUGCUAGUGAACUUUCUUUUUUGUGAAUGAAUUUUU